AUCAACGUUUACCCUCUCUCUCUCUUCUCUCUCUCUCUCUCUCUCCGAUUACAGUUUGGAAAUGGUUUCUUCAGCCAUCUCGAGACUAACCAACCUCCACCGGCACUUGCUACCCGCCGACUCUAAGCUUCUCGAGAGUGAUGAUGUCAGUGGACUGAUGAAGAUAUCUCCGGAGGUAGCAGAGGCUUUGUCAAGUGGGCAACCGGUUGUUGCUCUGGAGUCCACCGUCAUUUCUCAUGGAAUGCCUUAUCCUCAGAAUCUUGAGACUGCUAAGCAGUUGGAGGCAAUUGUCAGGGUAAAUGGAGCAAUUCCCGCAACAAUAGCUAUCUUAGAUGGUGUACCAUGCAUAGGCCUCAGCAUGGAAGACCUCCAAAAGCUUGCUAAUCUUGGAACUAGAGCUCAAAAGACGGCUCGUAGGGAUAUUGCGCAUGUGGUGUCUACUAGAGGAAAUGGUGCGACAACAGUUUCCGCUACCAUGUUCUUUGCAUCCAAGGUUGGCAUUCCUAUUUUUGUUACCGGAGGAAUUGGAGGAGUGCAUCGACAUGGCGAGAACACACUGGACGUUUCAUCUGACCUUACAGAGCUUGGAAGGACUCCAGUAGCUGUUGUCUCUGCUGGUGUAAAAUCUAUUCUGGACAUUCCUAGGACCCUUGAAUACUUGGAAACCCAGGGAGUUUGUGUUGCUACAUAUGCUACUAAUGACUUCCCAGCAUUCUUCACAGAGAGGAGUGGUUGCCAGGAAGAAAAAGUUUUCAGCUGUUUAGACGGUUUUGACCGUAGUUUCUCAAGUUCCAACAAUAAGUUUUGUGUAGAGGACAGAGUGCCUUGUCGUGUAGAUACACCCGAAGAUUGUGCUCGACUUAUAGAUGCUAAUGUUAAGCUCCGACUAGGAACUGGAAUUCUUUUUGCUGUACCCAUUCCGAAAGAAUACUCAGCAUCUGGUAGAUUAAUUGAGGAUGCUAUACAGAGAGCCAUUGGAGAAGCUAGGACUAAGAAUAUAACAGGAAAUGCAGAAACGCCUUUCCUGCUUUCAAGAGUCAAUGAAUUGACAGGAGGAGCCUCACUUGCAUCUAAUAUUGCGUUGUUGAAGAACAAUGCUCGAGUGGGGGCGAAGAUUGCAGCAGCCCUCGCUCAGCUCAGAGGACAUCAAAAUGGUGUUCAGCACGGACUAUGGAGGACAGAAGGUGUAAGAUUAAUCAGGCUACCUGAACUGAUUCGGUACAUAUUUCUCCUCUCCACUGGAUAGGCCGAAACUGAUCCCUACUGCCCUCGGAUCAAAGGAUUCCUUUUGCAAUCUUUCUUCCAAAGGUUCUGACGACUGAUCAGGUUGUUCUUCUGCUCGCUUCUUUUCGCCAUUCUUUUCCCUCUCUGCUGGUUGUGGAUGCAGUGUUUUCUCAACUCUUUUCCCAAAUGUAGAUGGCGCAAAUUGCGAUGCUUUAGAUGA